AUGUUAGAUUCCCACAGCGGUUCCGAAUUUGACCUCGCAUUCAGAGCAUUCUUGGAUAAGAACUGCCAGUUUUUCCUCGAACUUUGCAAGAAAUCAGCAAAUUCUAUGCCAGCCCCAGCUCCACUCAAAUCACAUGCAAACUUUAAACUUCAGCUUGUUCUCGUCGAUCGUGCGCUCGAAGCUCAAUCGAAGGCUUCUGUCUCGACAAAGGUUGAAGGCAAGAUGGAAGAUAAGUUCCAGGGUGAAGUUCUAGGCAAACUUUCGGAGUUGGCAGGAUCCAUCAAGACCGUAAUUGAAGUUGUCGCCAACGGAGGUACGAAAAUCGUGUCGAAUGGGUCUAAUAGUCCCAAACAGCCAAGUAAGAAAAGAAAGGGAGCACCAGAAUAG